AUGGGAGAUGCUGAGCCGCGCCGGGCGUCGUUAAAACUGGAAAACCGGCAAACUUUUUGUGGCGGCGUCCCCGUGGCAAACAGCAGCAGGCUGCUGGGGGAGCGGCGGACGGGUUACGGGACGCUGCGGCCAGACGCCGAGAAAUCCCGCAUGGAGGUCACGGGCUACCAGACCAAGACAUGGCGGGUGGUCCUGUGCCACAUUUGCUCCGUGCUGACGGCCGGGCUGCUUCUCCUCCUCUUCCACUGGAAGCCCAGCCUGGAGGUGCAGGCGAAGUGCAAGCCCUGCGCCCUCGGCCAAGCCGACUGGGUCAUCAUCAGGGACCGAUUCGGACAGUGCUUCACCACCCGCGUGCGGACGGAGGCGCUGGGCGAGGGCAGCCUGGAGCAUCACCCCGGGGCCAGGCUGGAGGACCGCAGGACCAGCAUCGCCAUCGGCGUGGCGGAUGAGGAGGAGAGCCGGGACACCAUCCGGCUCCACGAGAAGGAAGAGAAGAACGUCUUGCGGUAUUAUCUCUUCGAGGGCAUGCGGUACGUCUGGAUGGAGCGGCGGCAGGCGUACUGCAAAGUCAGCGUCUUGGAUGAAGGCUGGACCUGCGCGGAUCUCCACCUCUCCCAGGCUGGGCUCGACCAACAAGACCACAACACCAGAAGGAAGAUCUACGGACCGAACCUCAUCGAGGUGCCGGUCAAGUCCUACGCCAGGCUGUUGGUGGAGGAGGUGCUCAAUCCCUUCUACAUCUUCCAAGUGUUCAGCAUCGUGCUGUGGGUCUGCGACGCCUAUUACUACUACGCUGCCUGCAUCUUCCUCAUCUCCACCAUCUCCUUAGGGCUGUCCCUCUACGAGACGAGGAAGCAAAGCGCAACGCUGCAGAACAUGGCCAAGAUGUCGGUGGGUGUCCGAGUCCAUCGCCCCAGCGGGGGGGAGGAGGAGAUGGUGGUGAGCUCCGCCGACCUGGUGCCGGGCGAUUGCAUCAGCCUCCCCUUUUCAGGCUGGUUGGGUCCUGCCCCCUCCCAGGGUGAUAAACCUCUCUCCGUGAUGUUCUUGGCCGUAGGGGAGAGCGUGCCGGUGAUGAAAACCCCUCUCCCGGCCAGCAGCCAGGCAGCCGCCACCGUCUAUUCCCCUGAGGAGCACAGGCGGCACACGUUGUUCUGCGGGACGCAGGUCAUCCAAGCCAAGUCCUACGUGGGCAGAGAAGUGCUGGCCGUGGUGACCCGCACUGGUUUUUGCACGGCCAAAGGGGAUCUCAUCAGCUCCAUCCUCUACCCCAAACCCGUCAGCUUCAAGUUCUACAAGGAUGCUGUGAAGUUUGUCCUGUUCCUCGCCGUCCUGGCUUUUAUCGGAACACUCUACAGCAUCCUCAUCUUGGUGAAAAACCAGGUCCCCGUGGGGCAAAUCAUCAUCCGUGCCCUCGACCUCGUCACCGUCAUCGUGCCCCCGGCUCUCCCGGCUGCGAUGACGGUGGGUACCAUCUACGCCCAGAACAGGUUGAAGAACCAGGGCAUCUUCUGCAUCAGCCCUCCCCGUAUCAACCUCUGCGGGAAGAUCCGCCUGGUUUGCUUCGACAAGACGGGAACGCUGACGGAGGAAGGGUUGGAUGUCUGGGGGGUGGUCCCGCUGGAGAACAACCGUUUCGCCCCCAUCGUCCACGAGCCCCGCCGCCUGCCCGCUGGCCCCUUGCUCUACUCCCUGGCCGCCUGCCACGCCGUCACACUGCUGCGGGCGCAGCCCGUCGGGGACCCCGUGGACCUCAAGAUGGUGGAGUCCACGGGCUGGCGCCUGGAGAUGAUGGAGGAGGAGGAAGGUGAGCUGCCCGCCUCCCAGCAGUUUGGGACGAAGGUCUUGGCUGUGAUGCAACCUCCUCCCGAGGAAGAACAGCCGCGAGACAGGAAGCACCGGUCACCCCUGGGGAUCCUCCGGCGUUUCCCCUUCUCCUCCUCCUUGCAGAGGAUGAGCGUGCUGGUGAAGCUGCCCGGCGAAGCCCCGGCCCACGUCUACAUCAAGGGCGCGCCGGAGAUGGUGGCCAGUCUUUGCGGGAAGGAAACCGUGCCUGCGGAUUUCACCCACGUGCUGCGACACUACACCACGGACGGAUUCCGCGUCUUGGGUCUGGCUUACAAACCCCUGAGCGCGCUGACCACCUUCCAGGAGGCUCUGCAGCUCCCGAGGGACUCCGUGGAGAGCGGCCUGACCUUCCUGGGCUUCCUCGUCAUGAAAAACGUCCUCAAACCGGAGUCUGCGCCCGUCAUUCGCCUCCUGAGGAACGCCAACAUCCGCCCCGUCAUGGUGACAGGGGACAACAUGCUGACGGCCGUCAACGUGGCCAAGAGCUGCCGCAUGGUGGAGCCGAAAGAGCGGGUGAUCUUCGUCAACGCUUCCCCGCCCAGCCACGACAAACCCGCCGCCCUGAAAUUCCUCCUCGCCGAACACUCCCAGGGCGAAGAGCGGCCAGAGGUGAGUCCCCAGGCAACCUUUCGGGGAGGGGGGAAUUUGUAAAGCCCAGACUGCCACUUGGCGCUCAACGGCAAAUCCUUCGCCGUGCUUUGCGAGCACUUCGCCGACCUCCUGCCCAAGAUCCUCAUCCGAGCCACCGUGUUCGCCCGCAUGUCGCCUGAGCAGAAGACUCAGCUGGUGUGCAGCCUCCAAGAGCUCAACUACUGCGUGGGGAUGUGCGGGGACGGCGCCAACGACUGCGGGGCUCUGAAGGCGGCCGACGUGGGCAUCUCGCUGUCGGAGGCGGAGGCGUCGGUGGCUUCGCCCUUCACCUCCCGCCUGGCCAACAUCCAGUGCGUGCCCACCGUCAUCCGGGAGGGCAGAUGCUCGCUGGUCACCUCCUUCGGCGUCUUUAAGUACAUGGCCCUGUACAGCCUGGUGCAGUUCGUGUCCGUCCUGCUGCUCUACACGAUCAACACCAACCUGAGCGAUUUCCAGUUCCUCUUCUUCGACCUCAUCAUCACCACCACCGUGGCAGUGCUGAUGGGUCGCACCGGUCCUGCCCAGGAGCUGGGUGUGGAGCGUCCCCAAGGGGCGUUGAUCAGCGUCCUCGUGCUGGGCAGCCUUCUCCUCCAGACAGCUCUGCUCAUCACCGUGCAGGUCCUCAGCUACUUCAUCACCGUCUCGCAGAGCUGGUACGUGCCGCUGAACAGCACGGUGACGGCUCCCCAAAACCUGCCCAACUACGAGAACACGGUCCUCUUCUGCGUCACGGGCUUCCAGUACCUCAUCCUGGCCGUCGCCAUGUCCAAGGGGUACCCGUUUCGGGAGCCGCUCUACACCAACGUGCUCUUCUUGGUAGUCCUCAUCCUCCUUUUUGGCCUCAUGAUAUGGUUGACCCUCUACCCGCUGGGCUUCCCCAAAAGCUUGCUGAAGCUGCAGGGCAUCGACGACUUGAAUUUCAAGCUGCUGCUGCUGGGGAUCGCUGCCCUCAACUUCUUUGCCGCCUUCGUGCUGGAGACCGCCCUGGACCACGGCUUGCUCAGCUGCCUGCGCAAGCUGCGCCGAAGGAAAGUGUCCAAGAAGCUUUUCAAGAGGUUGGAGAAG